AAAAAAAAAAAAAUUUGCACAGAUUUCUUGAAUUAUGAGAAUGAAAAGCUGUGAUUCUGAGAGCAAGCAUUUGUACCCUGAGAUAUAUCUGCUGUCACUUUAUGGUAAACUAUGUGUAUAUUUAAAAUCUAUAUAUGGAUCAUUUUUGCAUUAGAUAAGCUUAGAUAUCAGAUUUUCUGAAAGCUACAGAGCUUUAUUCACAUAUAAGAAAAGAGGCUGAAGUACAAGGCAAGGCACUAGAAAUAAAGGAGAAGUUAAAUGACAGAGCAACUCAAGCAUUUGUACUUCAGAUUCAGCCUAUCAGUUGUUUACAUGUCCAGCCAAUCAGUGAAGAGCAGAGGUGACUUGUGGGUAACGGAUACUUGGUCCCAACAGUCUUAUGUGACAGUUGGUGAGAGAGGAGCUAAAUGAUGGAGAUUCUGAGCGUUGGCAUGCGAAAAAGAAGAAGAGAAGAAGAAGAAGAGCAAGAAGAGGAGAUCAUUUCCCCUGGGUGCAGCCCUGAAUUCAAAAGGGCCAAGCCCCAGGGUGAUCUGCGUGGGACCAGCACCCCUACAGCUGAGGAACCAGUGCCAGAGGGGGAGCCAUGGAACACCCUGGCCAACCUGGCUGAUGCCCUGCAGACCUUCAGGGAGUAUGGAGAGGAGUGUUACCUCUAUAAAAAAGGCCUAGAGGGAGGUUAUCAGCUGGAAAAUUUCCUAGAAAAUCAGAAGGAUAUAAAUCCAACAUCCUGGAACCACAUCACCACCCUAAUGAUUAAUGUGCACAGGUACCUGAGAUUGGACUUUCAGACCCUGUGCCUGGGUAUAAACUUCCUGGAGCGGUAUGUGUCCUGCACUCCUACUGACCCCGACACCCUAACAAGAGUGGGAGCCACUUGCCUCUACAUGGCUUACAAAGUGGCUGAAUUACGGUACCCCCUCCCCCCCAAGCUCUUCCUACCUCUGUUUGACUACAGAAUGACACCAGCUGAAAUGCGUCACCUGGAGAGAACCAUCCUAAGGAAGUUGCUGUUUCGCCUGGGGGUACCAACCAUCGAUUUCUUUUUGGAGCACUUCUCCCUGUUGAGACUGACCAACCAGGAGGAGUGUUCCCCUGCCCAGCUCACAAGAGCAGCCAAAAGCCUAACAGCUGCCCGAGGCAUCGCAGCACUGUGCCUGAACCAACAUCAAGACUUCUACAUGCACAAACCAUCUCUCAUGGCACUGUGCUGCCUCAAUGUGGCAGAUAAAAUCUAUUCUUAUAACAACCCUGUCAAAGUGGCCCCCACUGACUACCCAGAACACCAAAUUGAGGAGUGCAUGGAAAAGAUCUGCCAUCUAGUCUCUAUAGGCCACUAUUUUUUACAUCCGCUUCUGCCAGGAGUUUAUCCAGCAAUCUUUCCAGCUUUUAAUCCUCCCACCACAAGGCCUGCAGCAACACCUACCAACCAACAUCUACCUGAAGGCAGAGAGAGAACACCAGAGGUGGCAUCAACAUCCAGGGAAACAGCAGGUUCCCAGCACUUAGAGAUGGCAGAAAGAUCCAGCCAUUCUCAGGACAUGGAAGGGGCCGGUUAUGUGCUACACAACACAUACUGGCCCACUGAUCCAUACAGGCAAGUAUACAUGCACCCCUACAUGCCAACACCUCCAUACUGGCACCCAUACAUGCCCCCAGUUUCCUACUGGCACCCAUACAUGCAUACACUGCCGUACCUUCACCCAUACGGAUACAUAUUUCCUUACUGAUAGACACACGCACACACUGAGGCCUACAUGUCCAUACUACUUACCAUUUAAUACAAGUGACAGUAUUGGGGAUCACUAUUUCUGGACCAUGGGUGGGUGACAUUGCCAGGGCACCCAGUACCAUCAUCAAGCAGAGCUGUCACUUUCCAUACACUCUUAAUUACCUAUGAACACAUUUCCCUACAGACAAACAGAGGCAAACAUGUAUUUACCCAUUACUGUACAUUUAUUAACUCUUUCAAAGCUCCAUAGGGCGCAUUGAUCCUGGGAAUAAUUCCGAUUGCCAUUUAGGAGUCAGGAAGGAAUUUUUGCCUCUAGUGAAGCAGAUUGGCCCAAGCUUCUCUCUAGGUUUUUUGCCUUCCUUGGGAUCAAACAGCCCUAUGUGGUGGGGUUACCAAACCCUCUGGUGAUGGGAGGACA